AUGGAAGGUGGGUUAGAAAAGAUUCAAGAUCUUGAAGACAGUGUUCGUGGCAAACAAGAAAUUAUUGAAGAGACAAAAGGCAGAGCACCUGUAUUUACUGUUCCAUUGUCUAAUGUAGACAGUUUACGUGAAGGUGAAAAUGUUCACUUUGAAGCAAGAGUCACUCCAACUGAUGAUCCAAAAUUGAAGAUUGAAUGGUACUGGAAUGGCAAACCAUUGAAAACGGGUUCACGUUUCCGUACAUUCUGUGAUUUUGGCUUUGUUAUUUUGGAAAUUUCUCCCGUCUAUCCAGAAGAUAGUGGUGAAUACGCAUGCCGUGCAAUAAACGAAUACGGAGAGGCCGUUACAACUGCAUCGAUGAAAGUUCAAGGAAAGCGUAGCAUUAUUCUUGAAUCACAAUUGCCCAAAGGAAUGGAAGGUACUAUUGAUCGAAUUGCUGAGCUUGAAGGGCUUGGCGUUCAAUAUGGUGAAUCAACGCCCGAAGAAGAAACUGGCAAACCACCAGAAUUUAUCACUUCACCAGCUGAUCUAACCAUCAAUGAAAAUGGUUUGGCUCACUUUGAAUGUCGAUUAACACCAAUUCAUGAUCCAAGCUUACAAGUCGAAUGGUAUCACAAUGGAAAAGCUUUGUGGUCUGGUUCUCGUAUUAAGACGAUCAACGAUUUUGGCUUUGUUAUUUUGGAAAUUGCUGGUUGCUAUCAACGUGAUUCGGGUCUAUAUACUUGUAAGGCCACAAAUCUAGUUGGUGUCGAUGAAACAACAUGUACUUUGGAUUGCCGUAGCAGUCAACAAAUUUUGACAACAACUCAAAACGAAGCCGGAUUAGAGCAAAUCCAAUAUUUGGAGGAUCGUUCGAAAUACACACGCACCGAAGUGAGCGAUGAGGUGACAAAACAAACACCUGUCUUCACAACAUCAUUGAAAAAUGUUGACAUUAAAGAAGGUCAACGUGCUCACUUCGAAUGCCGUUUAAUUCCUGUUUCCGAUCCAACAAUGAAAGUUGAAUGGUAUCACAAUAAUAAGCCAUUGAAAUCGGGAUCACGUUUCACUGAAACCAACAAUUUUGGCUUUGUUGCAUUGGAUAUUCUUUCAUGCUUGCCAGAAGAUUCAGGUACUUAUACCUGUCGUUCAAUCAAUGCACUUGGUGAAGCCGUUACAUCGGCUAUUGCGUCGAUUCAUACAAGAAGAGCCAUUUACACUGAAUCGCAACACGAAGGAGCACUACGCAGCAUCAAUCAUUUGGAAGAUACAUCUAGACAUCAAACAAGAAGCGUUCAAGACGAAAUCAUUACUCAGGCACCUGUAUUCACCAUGCCUGUACGUGACAUUCGCGUUGCCGAGAACCAGGCCGUUCAUUUCGAGGCACGUCUAAUCCCAGUUGGAGAUCCAAAACUCAAAGUCGAAUGGUUGAGGAAUGGUGUGCCACUAGAAGCAUCUAACCGAUUGACAACCAUGCACGACUUUGGAUAUGUUGCUUUAAAUAUGAAAUAUGUAAAUCCAGAAGAUUCAGGAACUUAUACAAUCAAAGCAAUCAAUGAAUUGGGGCAGGCUGUAACAUCAGCAUCGCUUAUUGUCCAAUCCAAAGCUGCACUUCAAAUGGAAACGCAAAAUGAAUCGGCUCUUCAGAAGAUCCAUCAAUUAGAAGAUACUUCACGUCAUCACCGUCGUGAGGAGGAUGAUACUAUUGUGCGUCAAGCACCACGAUUCAUUACUCAAUUGAGCGGUCCAACCAAUUUGCAUGAAGGUCAAAGUGCACACUAUGAGUGUCGCAUUGAACCGUAUCCCGAUUCAAAUCUAAAAGUUGAAUGGUUCCACAAUGGACAACCAUUACAGUCGGGCCAUCGAUUCCGUACAACGUACGACUUUGGAUUCGCUGCACUUGACAUUUUGACGGUGUAUGCUGAAGAUAGUGGUGAAUACACAUGCAAGGUUACCAAUCUCAAUGGUCAAGCUCAAUCGGCUGUUAAAUUGGGCGUACAACCACGUGCAAGCAUUGUAUAUGAAACUCAAAAUGAUAGCGCUUUAGAAAAGAUUAACUAUUUGGAAGGUGAUGCUCGCUUCAAGCGCAAAACUGAUGACGAACCAAUUAUUUUGGAGAAGCCGGAAUUCGGUAGACCAUUGCGAAAUGCGGCCGUUCAAGAAGGAAAACCAGUACAUCUGGAAGCCACUUUGACGCCAGUCAAUGAUCCAACAAUGGUUGUUGAGUGGUACUGCAAUGGAAAACCGGUUCAACAAGGUCAUCGAUUUAAAACAACUUACGAUUUUGGCUUUGUUGCACUUGACAUUCUAUAUGCGCAUUCAGAAGACACUGGUACUUAUAUGCUUAGGGCAAAGAACGCAGUUGGAGAGGCUGUAACUACAUGUUCUGUUUCGGCAGCUGCCAAUGCCGGUUUGUUCUUGGAAACAUUGGACGAACAGCGAUUACAAAAGAUUCGUCAAUUGGAAAGCUACCAAAAGCCAAAGACACCAGAAGUUGAGGAAGUUGGUCAGAAGCCAGUGUUCUUGACUCCAUUGACAAGUUUGGAAAAUCUUAAGGAAGGCGAUCACGCCCAUUUGGAAUGUCGUGUUGAGCCCAUCAACGAUCCCAAUUUGAAGAUUGAAUGGUAUCGAAAUGGAAAACGUCUUACAGCCGGUCAUCGUUACCGAACAACACAUGACUUUGGCUAUGUUGCACUUGACAUUUUGUAUGUUUAUGGUGAAGAUUCCGGUACAUACAUGAUUCAGGCAAUCAAUGCACUUGGCGAGGCAAUGAAUACAUGUAAUAUUCGUUGUAUCAAUAGAAAGAGCAUUAUUUUGGAUACACAACAUCCAGAUGGUUUGGAAAAGAUUCAGAAACUUGAAUCACGCGGAGCACAAACUCGCAAUGAAAUUGCUGAAAUUCCAAUUACACCGCCAAGAUUCACCACCAAUCUUCACGGUACAACUGAAAUUUUCGAAGGUCAAACAGCCCAUUUCGAAGCUCAGGUCGAACCAAUCCACGAUUCCAAUUUACGCAUUGAAUUCUAUCACAAUGGAAAACUAUUGCAAUCCGCUUCACGGUUCCAUACUACCUUCGAUUUUGGUUAUAUUUCGUUGGACAUCCAAAAGGCCGUAGCUGAAGAUGCUGGUGAAUACACAUGCAAGGCAUUUAACGCACUUGGUGAGAGUCGUUCAACAAUUCGAUUGAAUGUCAUUGCAAAGGGUGGCAUCAUCACUGAGUCAGUACGACCUGAAGGUCUUGAAAAGAUUCGUCAAUUGGAAUUGGGAACACCGCACACUCGACCAGAAGUGCCAGAACCAGUCACAAGACAACGUCCUGUAUUCACUCAACCAUUGCAAAAUAUCGAUUCCAUUCCCGAAGGUCAAACUGCACACUUUGAAUGCCGUUUGAUUCCAGUGGGUGAUCCAACAUUGAAGGUUGAAUGGUAUCGUAACGAAAAAAUUAUCGAAGACAGUUCACGUAUUACAAAACAACAUGACUUUGGUUUUGUUUCCAUGGACAUUACCCAUAUUCGUGCCGAAGACCAAGGUGUAUACAUGUGUCGGGCAACCAACGCACUAGGAGAGGCUGUCACAACGGCUGCGAUGAAAAUUCGUACACAUGCAAGCAUUCAAAUGGAUACACAACACCCAGAGAGUAUCCCCAAAUUGCAACAACUUGAGCAACCAGCACGAGCACCAAUGCCUGAGCCAGAGCGCGUAUUCGAAAAGCCAAUAUUUACACAGCUUUUGACUGGUCCAGCUGAAUUGUGGGAAGGACAACAUGCUCACUUUGAAGCACGCGUGGUACCAGUCGGUGAUCCAAAUUUGCGCUACGAAUGGUAUGUCAAUGGUGUUGAAUUAAAGAUGGGAUCAAGAUUGCGUACAUCACACGAUUUUGGAUUCGUUUCACUGGAUAUUAGUUCUGUUGUGACUGAAGAUGCUGGCAUUUACAUGUGCAAAGCAAUAAAUUUGGCCGGUGAAGCUGUAUCAUCGACUAGCAUGAAAGUAAAAGGAAAAUCAUCAAUUGUUGGUGAUACGUUGUCACCGGAAUCAUGGCAACAAAUUCAAUUGAAAGAAGCUGCAAUGAAUCGUGUACCGGAAAUGUUUGUUGACGCAACACCUCAACAGGCACCAGUCUUCACAACCCACUUGCAGAGCUUCGAAAAAUUGGUCGAAGGACAGAACAUCCGAUUGGAAGCUCAAGUUGAACCACGUGCCGAUCCAAAUUUGAAGAUUGAAUGGUAUAAAAAUGGUGUGUCGCUUACAACUGGUUCACGCAUUCGAAGCACAUUUGAUUUUGGUUUGGUCACUUUGCAAAUUAAUUCAUUGCGCGAUGAUGAUUCAGGAAUUUACACUUGUAAAGCAACAAAUUUGGUUGGCGAAGCAGUUUCAACGUCUUCUAUUAAAGUUGGUGAUCGUCAUUGGUUGCUCGGAGACUCUUUACAUCCAGACGCAUUGCCACGCAUUGCUCAAUUGGAAGAACCAAAAGCAGGACGACCCGAAUUUCCAGAACCAGUUUAUGAAUCGCCGGUGUUUAUCACUCAUUUAAAUAACAUCGAAUGCAAAGAAAAUGACAAUGUUCGCUUUGAAUGUAACGUUGAACCGGCCAGAGAUCCAACAAUGCAAAUUGAAUGGUUCUUCAAUAAUAAGCCAUUGAGUGCCGGCUCAAAAUACAAGACCACCUACGAUUUGGGAUAUGUUGCACUUGACAUCAUUUCAACCUAUGCCGAAAACUCUGGCAUUUAUACUGCUAAGGCAACGAAUUCAAAGGGCUCAGCCACCACAUCGGGUACCUUGCGAUGCGUUGGAACGCAAACAAUGUUCUUGGAUACACAACAUCCACAAGGACAAAGCGGAUUGGAAGCCGUUCAAGAGACCGAAGAAGAAUUGGCCAAUAGAUAUAAACGUGAGGUAAUCAAACCAGAAAAAGAUUACCCAGCACCAGUUUGGACCAAACCAUUAGAAUCAGAGUUCCGUUUGAAUGAAAAUCAAGCUCUUCAUUUGGAAGGUCAAGUUGAACCGAAGGAAGAUCCAAAUUUGAAGAUUGAAUGGUUCUUGAAUGGUAAGGUGUUGCAACAUGGUUCUCGAUUCAAGAUGAACAGCGAAUUUGGUUUUGUAACACUUGAUUUGGUAGAUGUGUAUGAACGCGAUCAAGGUAUUUAUACAUGCAAAGCAAGCAAUAGAAAAGGAGAAGCCUUUACAACCAGUACAAUUGUUUGUUCCGGCAAAGAGAGCAUUAUUGAUAGCACACAACAUCCAAAAGGUGCUGAAGGCUUGGAAACAAUUCAAAAUUUGGAAGAGUCAUUGCGUAAACCAGAUUCAAAAGCUGUUCAAGCUGAAAGUGGUCAACCACCACGUUUCACAACCGAAUUCGUUACGAUUCCAAAUAUCUCUGAUGGUGAAAUUGCCCACUAUGACGCGUUGCUUGUACCGACCGGCGAUCAAUCAAUGGUCGUAGAAUGGUUCUAUAAUGGAAAAGUACUUGAGGCAAGCCAUCGUUUCAAAACUGUAUACGCAUUUGGUAUGGUUGUGCUGGAAAUAAUUGGAACUAAAAUCGAAGAUUCUGGCACUUAUACGUGCCGUGCAACAAAUGCGCACGGAACGGCCGAAAUUAGUACGUACUUAACUUGUGUUGAACGUUUAGCCGGACAACCACCUAAAUUCACGACUCAAAUUCAAAACUUGGCUGGACUUAAAGAUGGUCAAUCAGCUCACUUUGAAUGCACAUUGGUUCCAGUUAAUGAUCCAGAUUUGAAAGUGGAGUGGUAUCAUAACGGAAAACCAAUUCGUCACUCAACCAGAAUCAAGCCCGUGUCUGAUUUUGGAUAUGUUUUGCUCGAUAUUGCCUAUGUACAAAGUCACGAUUCUGGCGAAUACGUAUGUCAGGCAAAGAAUAAGUAUGGUGAAGAUUUCACUCGUGCAUCUAUUGAGUGCUUCGGAAAGAGUGGCGUUUUCUAUGACAGCUUGCAACCACAAUCAUUGGAAAGAAUCAGAGAAUUGGAAGCAUUGGGCUUGCCACAACAUGCUACACCACAAACACCAACUGGAGAAGCACCACGAUUCGUUACCGAAUUGCAAGAUAUUUCAAAAUUGAUUGAAGGUCAAAGUGCUCACUUUGAAGCACGUUUAACACCAAUUAACGAUCCUGAUUUGGUUGUUGAGUGGUAUUAUAAUGGAAAGAAAUUGCCGCAUGGUCAUCGGUUCCGUACGUUCCAUGACUUUGGUAUUGUCAUUUUGGACAUUUUGUACUGUUAUGAAGAAAACUCUGGCGAAUAUGAAUGCCGUGCUUCAAAUAAAUACGGCACUGCAGUGACCAAAUCAUCCUUGCGCUGUUAUUCAAAGACCAAUCUUGUUCUUGACUCACAAUUGCCAAGA